GGUUUCCCCCCGGGAGAAUUAACUAUCGAGGAGCUGUGAGCAUGUCAUGGCUGUUUGUUUCUGGGUUGCUUUCAGUUUAAGGUAUUGAUCGCCAGCCAUUGUAUAGGGAGAGGUUUUUUCCUGAACAAUUUGAGAUGACGAACGGGUCUGUUAGAUCUUCAAAGCCAGGAGAUGGCGACCGUACCACACUUGCCCGGACUUUCAAGUAUCUGUUGGCCACUCAGUUCUUAUCGAGGGGAAUCCCUUUUAUUUUCAAUACGUGGAUCGUGAGACACCUUACGGCAGAGGACUACGCGGUUUAUGCAGUACAAUUUCAUCUUUUUGUCACGUCUAUCUUGUUUCUAAGUAGGGAGGGCUUUCGGCGAGCAUGCAUGAGGGCAGAUAUUAGAUGUGAUGGUGCACAAAUGGGAGUAAAUGCUGCAAAGCUAUUGGAAGUAGCAUGGAUGACUUUCCCAAUUGGAUUACUUUUUACAUUUGUAGCAUGCAUAGCUGUCUUCUGGUGGCAGACACUAAACUUCACUGAUUCCUAUGGACAAGCUAUCUUGAUUCAUGGAUUUGCAUGCAUAUUAGAGCUACUGGCAGAACCCUUAUACAUUCUUUCACAGAAUUUGCUACUCCUUGAAUUGCGUCUAAUGGUUGAAACUGUGGCAACUCUUUCGCGUUGCAUGACAACCUACUUCCUCAUUGUCAAGCAGACUAAUAUGGAAAAAGUGAUUGUAUUUGCAGUGUCACAGACUACAUAUGGAGCUUGUGUGUUCUUAGGAUAUUGGGGCUAUUUUUUUCUCACUCGCCUGGUGAGAAGUUCUGACCUUUUCCCCUUCAGAAAAGGAAAGAUGUCAGAUUACGACCAGCAGCUUAAAAAUAUGUGUAUAUUGUUUACUGGUCAAUCCUUCUGGAAGUUGCUCCUUCAGGAAGGGGAAAAGAUGAUACUUGUAUGGUUGGAUACACCCUACAACCAGGCUGUGUAUGGACUUGUAGACAAAUUAGGUAGUUUAGUUGUGAGAUUGGUGUUUCUUCCUUUUGAAGAAAGUUCUUAUGUCACAUUUGCAAGGUUUGCAUCAGGGCAAUCUCCUCAAAGAAACAUGAAAAUAGGGAGUUCCCUCACUGAUGCCCUUAAACUUGUUCUUUUAAUUGGUCUGGUUGUUAUGGCAUUUGGACCAAGCUACUCUUAUGCUCUUAUUAGAGUCUUGUAUGGUAGGAAAUGGAGCGAUGGAGAAGCUCCAACUGCACUCCGUUACUAUUGUCUCUAUGUCAUUGUUUUGGCUAUGAAUGGAACAUCUGAAGCGUUUCUACAUGCAGUGGCAAAUGAGAAACAACUAAAGCAUUCAAACGGCUCCUUACUGAUAUUCUCAGGGAUUUACGUUGUACUGAAUAUCCUGCUCAUACGCUCAGCUGGUGCAGUUGGGUUAAUUGCGGCAAAUUCAUUAAAUAUGAUUUUCAGGAUUCUGUACUCUGCAGUAUUCAUUAAGCAUUAUUUCCAGGAUUCUAGAUCAUUUGCAUUCAAUCAGUGCUUGCCAUCUGGUUGGACAUUUUUGCUUCUUUCAGGUGUUGCUACUCUCAUAUCUGAGCGAAUAUUUCUUGAUCGGGAAAAUUUUUGGCCAACCAUGUUCAUUCAUUCAUCCUUUGGAUUGACAUGCUUAUGCAUAUCCACCAUUGUAAUAUAUCGCCAUGAGAGGCCUUUCAUCAACAAAAUCAUCCGUUUUCGGGACCAUGUUGAAUAGAAUUAGCUGAAUGAUACUUCACUCGAAUGUCAAAGUCGUGGCUGUGGAGAUAGAACCAUCUUUUUGUUUCCAUCAAGCAGUGCUUCAUUCCUUACAUCGACAUCUUGAAACCUGAUGUAUGUGGUGCCGUGAUCUAGAAGCUGUCAUAGAUGAUAUAUAGCAUUCUAGCUCUAUUAUUUAUUUAUAGGAGAGGGUUCUCUGAACAAGCUGCAUAGAGAAAU